AUGACUGUGGCAAAGAGGAGUGCGGAUUCUGAGGUUUGGGAGGGUGAUGGUGGUGUUGCGGCGAAGAAACCGAAGCUGGAUAAUGUGGAUAGUGUAAGUGGCGCGACGGCGACGGUGACUGGUGAUUCCACGGUUGGUGUAGGUGUAUGGGACUCUGCGGGUCCCUCGCGGUCGCAGACUGCUGCUCUUUCGUCGACAAUUGACGAUGAGGGGAAGGGGAUCGUGAAGUUUGAGUUUGAUGGGAUAGAGUACAAGUUCAAAGAGCGGGCGAGUGUGAUCGAGGAGAAGGAGGGGAAGAUCGAGUUUCGGGUGGUGAAUAACGACAACACGAAGGAGAACAUGAUGGUGCUGACUGGGUUGAAAAACAUCUUCCAAAAACAGUUGCCCAAGAUGCCCAAGGAGUACAUCGCGCGGCUCGUGUACGACCGGUCGCACCUAUCCAUGGCCGUGGUCCGUAAACCAUUGACCGUUGUUGGUGGGAUCACGUACCGUCCCUUCGACCAGCGUGAGUUUGCGGAAAUUGUGUUCUGCGCAAUAUCGUCGACUGAACAAGUCCGGGGUUACGGUGCUCAUUUGAUGAACCACUUGAAGGACUACGUCAAGAACACGUCGCCAAUCAAGCACUUCCUCACGUAUGCGGACAACUACGCGAUCGGAUAUUUCAAGAAGCAAGGAUUCACGAAGGAGGUCACGCUGGACAAGACCGUAUGGAUGGGGUACAUAAAGGAUUACGAGGGCGGCACGCUGAUGCAAUGUACGAUGCUGCCCAGGAUACGAUACUUGGACGCUGGGAAGAUACUGCUGUUGCAAGAAGCUGCGCUGCGGAAGAAGAUCCGCACGAUAUCACAGUCGCAUGUGGUUCGCGCGGGGCUCCCCCAGUUCAAGGACCUUGAUAACAUAAAACCGAUUGACCCGAUGAGCAUACCGGGUCUCAGGGAGGCAGGGUGGACCCCCGAGAUGGACGAGCUUGCGCAGAGGCCGAAGAGGGGGCCUCACCAUGCGAUCAUGCAGAACUUGCUCAUAGAAUUGCAAAACCAUGCGGCUGCGUGGCCAUUCUUGCAACCCGUGAACAAAGAGGAGGUUCCGGAUUACUACGAGUUUAUCAAGGAGCCGAUGGACCUGAGCACGAUGGAGGUGAAAUUGGAGAACGACAAGUACGAGAAGAUGGAGGAGUUUAUCCGGGACGUGCAUCUCGUUUGUAACAACUGUCGACUGUACAACGGGGAGAACACUUCGUAUUUCAAGUACGCGAACCGACUUGAGAAGUUCUUCAACAACAAGUUGAAAGAGAUUCCGGAGUACGCGCAUCUUGUAGAUUGA